AUGGGGAGACCUUGCUGUUACAAGCAGAAGCUGAGGAAAGGCCUUUGGUCCCCUGAGGAAGAUGAGAAACUUAUAAAUCAUAUAACCAAAUAUGGUCAUGGUUGUUGGAGUUCAGUCCCUAAACUAGCAGCUCUUCAGAGGUGUGGAAAGAGCUGCAGGCUUAGGUGGAUUAACUACUUGAGACCUGACCUCAAAAGAGGAACAUUCUCACAACAGGAAGAGAAUUUGAUCAUUCAACUUCAUUCACUUUUAGGGAACAAGUGGUCUCAGAUUGCUUCUAGAUUACCUGGAAGAACCGACAAUGAAAUCAAGAAUUUAUGGAACUCUUCUAUUAAGAAGAAACUAAGGCAAAAAGGGAUUGAUCCAAACACUCAUAAUAAGCUUCUAUCUGUAGUUGAGAAUGAAGAGAAGGUGUCAGCAAUCAGUAUGAAUAUUGAGAAAGCCUCUGAAGGCUCAAGUGAAGUGAAUUUUAUUGAAUCACAUGAGAAUUCCAACUACGGAAUUCAAACAGAUAAAUCAAAGUCAUCUUUAGUGACAAUGACUAUGGACCGCUAUCCCAGUAAUACCACUACUUCUGCAGCGCCACUAACACACGAAUUCUUUCUUGAAAGGUUUGUUACCACACAAGAAACCUCCACCGCUAGCUGCAAUAAGCCUCUUGAGUUGGCAAGUUACCUCUCCUUUCGGCAGUUGAAUUAUGGCUCAAACAUUGGUUUGUCCAUGAAUUCAAACACCAAUAAUCUCCUUUUCAACUCCAAGAAUUCAGAAAUGUUUACUCAUCAGUUCAAUUCCACCAUCACAAAUGAUAAUAUUCUGACAUCUCCAAUAGCAGCAGUAGCAAGUAAUGAUUCAAUGCGCAAUGGAAACAGUACUAGUAUUGAAUUGCAAAGGAAUUCUUCUUUCUUCGAUAGCAAUGCCUUCUCCUGGGGAACUGCAGAUUAUGAUAAAUCAGAAAAAGAAGCCAAUAUUCAUCCCUCAGUAACUGAUCCUGAAGACAUCAAAUGGUUCGAAUAUCUCCAUACACAGCUUUUACCAGGCAAUGCAAUCACCAAUAAUCAAAUAACUCAAGAUUUAUACAGUGAAAAAUCAAGUAUACAAUUCACAACACAAGGUUCAUUGAGUACAAGGCCACAGAACCAACAGCAACAACCUUCUUUACAAACUGCAAACAUAUAUAAUAAGCACUCUCAGAGAAUUCCAGAUGCCUUUGGACAGUUUUCAUAGCCUAUUUUUCAUCAGCAGAGAUGCUAAUACCAAACCGGUGUGUGCUGUAUAGUUUUAUUCUUA